UGGCGCAUGCAAGGCAUGCCUAGCGCAUGCAAAUGCUGUUUCGAGUUUCUCACAUUCAAUUUGCACAUAAUUUUUUUGAGAAAAAGUCUAUUAGGGGGUAAAUUCCCCCUUUUUUUGAUGUAAUUGCUGUAUGAUAUGGAAAAAUUCCUCCGUGUUCAUAUUUUAUUAUUCUGCAGUUAAAUGAGGAAUAAUUGAAACAAUUCAUCUUUCCUCCUGGCCCCGCCGGCCCCUUUCAUAUAUAGCUUACAAUGGAAUCGUAUCACUUCAAAGACCUGAAGCCAUCUCCUGACAAGAUGUUCGCCUAUACUGACGAUAUCAAGGACGUUCCAUUGAUUUUAGACAAUGGUUCAUACACAGCCAAGGUUGGCUGGACAAAUCAGCAAGACCCUGCCAUGAUCUUUAAAAACCUCAUCACAAAGAUCAGGAAGGAUAAGAUGAAAAAGGACAUGGAAACGCAGAUAGGUAACGACAUCGUGAGUGUGGAGGCCGGGCGGCUGAACUUGCGGACGCAGUUCGACCACGGCGUGGUGACGCACUUCGAGGCGCAGGAGACGCUGCUGGACUACUCGCUGACGCACCUGGGGGUGAACACGCCGGACGGCCUGCAGCACCCGAUGGUCAUCAGCGAGCCGCCGGCCAACCUCAACUCCUCGCGCGCCGCCAUGUCGGAGCUGUUGUUCGAGUGUUACCGGGUGCCGUCCAUCAGCUACUUCGUGGACGCCCUGGCCAGCCUGCGGUACAACCAGCCCGACUGCCGGGACGCGCUGGUCAUUUCCUGUGGCUACCACACCACACACGUCAUACCUGUACUGGACGGCAGGAUGGAUGCGGGAAAUGCUCGCAGGAUCGGCGUCGGCGGCUUUCUGAUGACCAGCUACCUACAGCGCCUUCUGCAGCUAAAAAAUCCGUCGGCCCUAGCGGCCAUCACACUCUCCCGCGCUGAGGAGCUGCUGCACGAGCUGGUGCUGUUCAGCGGCGAUUACGGCUCGGAUUUGCGGCUCUGGGCCGACCCCGCGCACCAGAAGGAGCACACCAGACCAGUUCAGCUGCCGGUUACCAUGGCAACCGGCUCGGAGCAGCCGCGUCCUUCACAGCCAGCGGCCGGGGAGGCCAAGGACAAGAAACUCGUCGCCAAAGCGAGAAUGCACGAAAUGCAUAUGAAGAAAAGACAGGCCUUGAUUUCAGAAGACGAGCGGCGACUGGCCCGGGCCCGUCAGUCGGGCGAGACCGACCCUGAGUAUCUGCAAGAGCUUGAGCGGAGGAUCGAAGCCGGCCGGACAAAGCUGGCGGAGCUAGCCGAGCGCGGCCAGGUGACGCCGGUGCGGCUGUCGCCGGACGCCCUGCAGGCCCGGCUGGAGGAGCUCGAGGGCAGACGCCGGGAGCUGCUGGAGCGGCGUGCGGAGAGGCGGCGGCGGCGCGCGGAGAUGGCCCGUCGCCGCACGGCUGCCAGCCAGCAGCGCAUGCGCAUCAUCAGCCAGCUGGCCUCCCAGCGGCCCACCAAGGACGACACGUUCGGCGCGCGGGACGAGGACUGGGACGUCUACAAGGCCAUCAACGUGGACGGCGGUGACAGCGACUCGGAGGCAGACGCCGAGGAGUUGACCGAGGUCGAGGGUCGUCUCCGGCAGCUGGCGCCCGACCUGGCCUGGUGUCAGCCGGCCGCCGGCGGAGCUCAGCCCCACCAGAUCCAGCUGGGCACCGAGCCGCUGCAGACUGCCGAGAUACUCUUCCAGCCCAGCAUGCUGGGCCUGGAUCAGGCGGGUCUGGCCGAGACGAUCCAGUUUGUGCUGUCCAAGUACCCCGCCGAGAGCCAGCAGCGACUGGCGGGUAACGUGUUCGUCACCGGCGGCGUAAGUAACGUGCCUGGUCUGCGGCAGCGGCUGGAGCACGAGCUCCGACAGAUGCGGCCCUUCCAGUCCAGUUUCGCCGUGUCGGUGGCCAGCUCGCCCUCGCUGGACGCGUGGCGCGGCGCCCGCUCCCUGAGCGCCGCGGGCCAGCUCGAGUACGUCUCCCGUCAGCAGUACGUCGAGUGUGGCGCCGACUACCUGGCCGAGCACAUGGCCUCCAACCGGUACUGGCCAACCCCGGCCGAGCCGGCGGCCGGUCAGCCCGCCUGAGAUCAGCCAGCGCCCGGCCAGCCCGCCUAAGGUCAGCCAGCAGCGCCGCUGCAGCCCGCCAACUGCUUACUGUGAAUCACUUGUUUUCUUCCACUGUGCCCCUGCAGUGAGUUGUCGGAUUUUGCGUGCAUUCCGUACUCCGUAGUGUCUUUGUUUGUAAGGUUCCGGCCGUUUGGAACUUGAUCCCUUUGCAAACGUCCUGCAUCGACUGUCUGUUUGCAGAUUGAUUUAACCAUCUGUUAACGGAUAAGGUCAAUAAAUGAUACGGAAUAA